AUGUGGCCCAGGCUGCGACAGUGGGUCACAGGAAAGAGGAGGAAAAUCGAAGAAGAAACCCUUAACUCCUGCAUCCUGCACACGGUACAGAGUAGGGAUCCUGGGAGUGGUUCCCUGCAGCGGCAGGACUUGGCGCUCCCAUGCCCUGUCUCAGGCGGGUCCAGGGAGGCAGCAGCUGGGACAGCCCCGUGCUCAGUGCCCCGCUUGGCCAUUUCAGGAACCGAUGAGCACGGGCUGAAGAUCCAGCAAGCGGCGGCUGCGUCUGGGACGUCUCCCCCUGAGCACUGUGCUCACGUGUCCGGCCUCUUCCAUGACCUCUUCUCCCGGGCCGCCGUCUCCUUCACCGACUUCAUCCGCACCACCGAGCCACGCCACUGCCGGGCGGUGCAGCACUUCUGGACAGCACUACAGGGCCGCGGGAUGCUCUACAAGGCCUUCUACGAGGGCUGGUACUGCACACCAGACGAGUGCUUCCUGAGCCAGGCCCAGGUCACUGAGCGCCCUGAUGCGCAGGGCCACCCCUGCAAGGUCUCGCUAGAGAGUGGGCAUCAGGUGCACUGGACCAAGGAGGAGAACUACAUGUUCAAGCUGUCUGAAUUUCAAGAGCCGUUAAGAAAGUGGCUUCAGGGGAAUCGGCAUGUCAUCUCCCCUGAACCUUUCUACCAGCUGGUGCUCCGGUGGCUGGAAGAGGACUUGCCAGACCUGUCUGUCUCCCGGGAGAGAAGCCGAUUACAGUGGGGUAUCCCUGUCCCUGGUGACUCAACACAAACCAUUUAUGUGUGGGUAGAUGCCCUGGUGAACUAUCUGACUGUAGCUGGCUACCCUGACACACAUCAUGCCUGGUGGCCAGCUGCUCACCAUGUUGUUGGCAAGGACAUCCUCAAAUUCCAUGCCAUCUACUGGCCAGCAUUGCUCAUGGCUGUGGGCCUGGAUCCUCCGGAGCAGAUCUACGUGCACUCCCACUGGACGGUCCGAGGGCAAAAGAUGUCAAAAAGCCUGGGCAACGUGGUGGAUCCAGUGGCGUGUUUCACACGGUACACAGUCGAUGGCUUUAGGUACUUUCUGCUAAGGCAGGGUGUCCCUGAGCGAGACUGUGACUAUUAUGAGGAGAAAGUUAUUAAGCUGCUGAAUUCUGAACUCGCAGAUGCCCUUGGAGGGCUUCUUAACCGUUGUACAGCUCAUAACAUCAACCCCAGUGGGACUUACCCACCCUUCUCAGAGUUGUGUUUUCGAAAGGACUCUGCCCUCACGCCUGGGGAAGCCUCAGGAAGGGCUGUGGCUGAGGACUACCAGCUGGUAGCAUCAGUCGCCCACCUGCCCUCCCAGGUGACUCACUAUUUUGAACACUUCCAAAUAUACAAGGCUUUAGAAUCCAUCACUGCAUGUGUGAGGCAGACCAAUGGCUUCUUCCAGAGACAUGCACCCUGGAAACUCUGCCGAGAGAACCCUGCCGAGAAGCAAUGGCUUGACACCAUCCUUCAUGUCACGCUGGAAUGUCUGCGGCUUUACGGGAUUCUGCUGCAGCCAGUCAUUCCAGCCCACGGCAGACAAGUUACUUUCCAGGCUGGCUGUUCUGCCAGAGGAAAGGGCUCUCUCAGACGUGGCCUUUCUGCCUCAUCAUUCCAGCCACGGCAGACAAGUUACUUUCCAGGCUGGCUGUUCUGCCAGAGGAAAGGGCUCUCUCAGACGUGGCCUUUCUGCCUCGCUACCAUGGGAAGCUGUGUCCCUUUGAGGGAAGACAGCUUGGCCCUGACACAGGGCCCUUGUUUCCCAGACUGGAAAUGCCAAGAAGGCGUCAGUUGGAAACCAAGGGGCCGUAGACUUUUACAAAUCACUGCUGAGAAUAAAACCCUCAGGAACACGCAGGACCUGGGUCUCUGUUGA